UGAAUUGACAAUUUGACAUGCUCCACCCUUAUUCUCUCAACAGCAGGGCCACCUCUGGACAAUAAUUGGCCCAAUCCGAACAUGUCUCACAAAAAUUAUCUGUCUAACCAACUGAAUCUAUCUCAUCCAUUAGUGAAGCCUAAUCACCAUCCAACGCCCGCUCGGCCACACACUAAUCCACAAAAUCUAAACCUUGAGAUCAGUUGCCAAGUGCAAGCAGAACAAUAACAGAUGUUACCCAACUCCUAAUCUCUCCAAAAUCACCGUAACCUGCUCAAGCAGGUACUUAUAUAAAUAAAAUAAAAAAAAUAAAACCAAAAAACAGAGAGAAAGUGAGAGAGAGAGAGAGAGCCCUUUGGUUGAACCAGAGGGCCCAAACAAAAAAAGCAAACUUUUUGCAGGAAGGAGAGACAAGACGAUCCCAAAAAGGAAUCCCAUUUCAAUCGUGCCAUUUUUUGAUGACUGUUAUGAGCCUCCUUUCUGCAUAUAAAGUUUCGCUUAAAAAACCUGUGGUUUGGUGCUUGUAAAUGCAAUCCUGUAGAUACGCCCGGCCUUGGAUCUGUCCUCUUUUUGCAUGCAUGGGAUUGCUGCCUGCAUUUGGUUUCUAAGUAACUCUGCGGAUAAAAAGAGAAUACGAUUUUAAGUUUAGAUUCUCUGUUUGAAUGCAGAGGGGUGGUAGAAAAUUGAAUGGAAACGUAAAGUUUGGGAUAGUUUACUCUUAUUCAACUUUCUAUUGUUUGGUUGCACGGAAAAGGUAGCCAGAAAGGUUCAAAUGGAGAGAUGUUUUCUGAAGAAACCACGUUGUUCGUUUGUUCUGUUUUCUGGGGCAUAUAUCCACAUGCUUACACAUUGGUUGUUAAAAUCAUUUGGGAACAAAUUCAAUGCUCAUUUCAGUAGCAGGGGCUGUUUUGGUUGCUUCACUAGAAUUCAAGGCCGAACAGCGAAGAAACAUAGCAUAGACAAUUUCUGGAGCACCAGCUCUGGUGAGAUUGACAACAAUUCAGGUCUGUCCAGAACCAUGUCAUCAAUUAGUGCAUCAAACCAAUCCCUCAAUCCCAUCAAUGGUUCUUGUUGCACAAACAAUCCUUCUGAAUUUGUGAAUCAUGGUCUUCUUCUCUGGAACCAGACACGGCAGCAAUGGCUUGCAAAUAAAAGUUCUCAAAAUCGAAAGGAGGUUCUAGAACCCACAAUAAGUUGGAACGCUUCUUAUGAAAGUUUACUAGGAACGAGCAAGCCUUUUGCCCAGCCAGUCCCUCUUGCGGAAAUGGUGGAUUUUCUUGUUGAUGUUUGGGAACAGGAGGGUUUGUAUGACUGAGGAAGCAUAAUAUCUCUUUGUUUAUUGUGUUCUCUCACUUUUUGCUUGUAAGUUACAAGCCUUUGGUACUAAGUGAGGCUUGAUUUGUUUCAUUGGUCAUUGUUUCAUCUGCUUUUUUCACAGUUAAUCAACCUUUUCCUCAUUUCACUUAACUGGGGUUGGCCUCAGGAGAUGUAAUUUCCUAGUUUCUUAAUGGGUUCUGCCCACAAAGUCAGGCCAGAAUCCAUUAACUUGAUGUUUACAGGCCAUUUAAAAAAACAGAAAAUUUUUCUUCUCGGUA